AUGGUCUCAAGUCUAGGCUAUCCAGGAACACCAACGUUUAACCUAGCAAUACUGGUGCCAUUAGAAGCGGCUGUUUGUUUAUCACCUGAAAUUUUAUGUAAUCCGUUAACAGUUGAUGGUGAAUGCUCAUCAAAUAGCAAUUGUAAAUGUUUGUCGACGACAACUCGCUGGGGUAUAUGUGCUGCUGAGUGCAUUUCAUGCUCAGCGCUUACGCGUUGUCAAGAAGAUAAUGUGACCUGCCUCAUGGCAAACACGGUUUGUGUGAUUGACAGUCGAUGUGGUAAUCAGCCAUUGUGUUAUCCGUUAGAAUUGACCAGCCCGAAUAUUUGUCCACCGGUGGAUAUGAAUACUAAGAUAACAGCAAGUAUGUUUCUUGUUCAUAAAUCGCCAACUAAAAUAUCGGUUCUAAAAUGCAUCUGUUUCAAAAAAUUGAUUCUGGUAGUAUUAUCGAUUCACUGAUUUGCUGUCUAAAUUUAAUUGACUAUUUAAAUGAUAUACACUUCCCAUGUAAAAAUUUUUGUUGCGUGGUCAUGCAAAAAAAAAGUGUAAAAACGCAAAAAUGGUUACGAAUGUGAGCUUCAGCAAAAUUUUGCAUAUUCUUCUAGAACAAAAUAUUUACAAAAUUCUGUAUUACUAUCCAUUUCAAAAGAGAAUGGACUCGGUUGCUUUUUGAAUAACUCAGGAAUGUUACUAGCUAGCGAGUUCGGGUCUUCGCCGUCAAAUUGAAGAUAUCUGGGGCCAUCCAGGCAUGUAGUAAUCAUCUGGCUUGCCAAGAUCUUUGAGGAUUUCUCGAAGGUCUCUGGGAAACCACCCUCGCGCGAGUUAGAAAUUUUGAUUCUUCUGAAUGGAUAUGAUAUGCCAUACUGUGCUCUACAAAACUACGCAGGGCUGAGCUCGCUAGCUUGUU